CGACUUUCGUGAACCAAAUCCCUGAAAAAGUAAUUGAAUGAAUGACAUUGACAAUCAGCCGCAAAACGUCACAAAAAGACGUAAAAGGUGCCCUAGGUUACGAUGUCUUAAUUUUAGUAAAAAUGUAAUUAGUAACUUAAAUCAGUUGUUUUUGUGGUUCAAAACCAAUCAUGACAACUUCGCCCACUAAAACCAAACAAAAGUUAUCUUUGCGGAAACGGCUGUUCGUCAAAAAGUCACCGAAAGUCGGAUGCUAUGUCGAUACAGAUUCUAAUGACGAGUUCAGCCAGUCUACGUCCAGGCCUAUUUCUCCAGCAGAUCCAUUUAUAGCGCAAAGUGCUCAGAAUGUUGACGCAAGUCUGGAACAUUUUGAUAAUCAUCGUGUUUCACCCACUGAACCUCACAGUAUUAUUCCAAACCAAAAGAUUGUACAUGUCCGCAAUGAAGACGAGAGCAAUCCCAAAUGCUGUCGAACUUUCUUUAGAAGGUCCCGUCCAAAGAGCCUCGUCGAAGGACCGCCGUCCAGAGAUGAACCUACCUCCAAACCAUGUAGUCCAAUUAACAACUCUAGCAACAGUGUCAGUGAAAAUACUAUCUCCUGCAGCCAGUCUAAAUCAGAAGAAAUACCUAAAGCAACUAUCAAGUUUCCCAAGGACGAUCCUAAAAAGUGUUUUGAGCACUCAGGAUCAUUUGAAGGGAUAAAGACCAAAAAUAAAUUGUUUGUAAAACGACUCUCAGCUGAUCAUCUUAUCUCAAAUGAGUCCAAGUCAUUAUAUUAUUCAUCAUCUCCUGAAAGCGAUAGAAGUAAUUCCUUAGACCGUAAAAGAAGAACAAAGUCAACUAUCACAAGGCCGGUUUCUCGUGCUGGUAGUACUGAUAGUCUGGCACGGAAUUCACUACUCGCUGCUCAAGUACUACGUCUAAUACCAACUCAAGAAGCUCGGGAAAGAAAUUAUUUAUAUGGGAGGCUUGCUUCACAUUCUUUAUUGGGAGCUGCAGAACUUGAACAUGUCUUUCCAGAUAGAGAAGUAAAAAUAUUUGUAGGCACAUGGAAUAUGAAUGGGCAAGCACCACCAAGGGAACUAGCAGACUUUAUAUUUCCAAACCAAGUUAAGCAUGUGCCAGAUAUUUUUGCUAUUGGCACACAGGAGUCAUUCUCUGAACGAUCAGAAUGGGAAAUCACAAUCCAAGAAGUAUUGGGACCUUCACAUCUGUUAUUACACUCUUACUAUUUAGGAACAAUUCAUCUAACAAUAUUUGUAAGAAGAGACUUAAUAUGGUAUUGUUCUUUACCUGAAGACGCCAGUUUGUCUGUGCGACCCGGUACAGCAUUCCGGACUAAAGGGGCAGUAGCCAUAUCAUUUGCACUCUUUGGUUCCACAUUCUUGUUUGUCACCGCUCACUUAACGGCACAUCAGGAGAAAGUGAAAGAACGAGUUUCUGAUAUAAAGAGAAUAAUACGAUCAAUUGAUUUACCAAAGAAUUUGCCAUGCAGACACAGAAGCAGUAAAGAUGUGACAAGUAAUUUCGACUACGUUUUUUGGUGCGGAGAUCUUAACUUCAGAUUGGGUGAGCCCAGAGCUGCCGUUCUACGCUGGAUUGAACAAACUCGGUUUCCUUUGCCGCAUCACUUGCCGCACGGUCUCUUGCACGCAGACCAACUCACCGCUGUACUAGAAGACGGAGCUGCCUUCAGAGAUUUCAAGGAAGCUCCAAUAACUUUCCCGCCAACGUACAAGUAUGAUCCGGGCAGUCAACAAUUCGACACGUCGAGUAAACAACGCGCCCCCGCUUACACCGACCGAAUACUGUACAAGUCUAAAUCUUCUAGCAACAACACAAUGUCCUCUUUCCCAGGUCUACGUCGCAUCAGCUCAGUACCCCAGUCGACGGGGCUGCAAUGUCUCGCCUACAACUCUGUGCAGUCUAUAUGCACGAGCGACCACAAGCCUGUUUGGGGUCUGUUCUCUGCCGCUUUGAGGCCAGGCACUGAUGUGGUACCCCUGGCGGCCGGUUUAUUCAACCGCGAGGUGUAUUUGGAGGGGAUAAAACGUCGCAGGGCGUUGCUGGACCACGCCCCGGGCACAUCUGCCGUAUGUAACGUUCAAUAGUAACGCUAUAAUUAUGUCGACAAACUGGUCUAUAACUACUAACUGCUUUGAUCGUGCACAAAAUAAUCAUGAUUUAAUUUAGACCAAAUCUGUGCCACUUUAUUGCGUUUGAACAUAUAACAUUUGGUACUUUGUUAAGUAUGUCGACAAAGUUAUCUGUGACUACUGUGACUGUGAUCGUGCAUAUAAUAUGAUUUAUUUUGGACCAAAUCUGUGCCACUUCAUUUGGUAUGAAAAGAUAGCACUUGGAUCUUUGUAAAAUAAAUAAAAAAUGACUUGAACCAUAUGUUAGAUUUUUAAAAGAUACAGUUCUAGAUAAAUAUACUUAAACAAUGAUUUUACCAAAAACAUGUGAGGAUGCGCGAAAACGUUUUUUCUUAUGAUAAUGCAGUAUUCGUGAGAUAACGAUCUUGACCAAAGAUUUUUUUUUACAAAUUUGAAAUUGUAGUUUUUAUUAUUAUUUUAGCUUCUUUUUGAAUUAAGGAUUUAAUGUUUAUCACAUUGCUUUGAAACGGCCGAAAAAUUAAACGAAAAAAAAUUGUGAACGUUGCACUAAAAUAUAGCAAUAUUCAUUAAGAAUUUGAUGCAAUUCUUAAUGAAUUUUGUUAUAUCAAGGCAAUCAUUAAAAUUAUGUGCACAAUAACUUAUUGCGAUCUAGCAAAAUAUAUUUUUAAUUUUAUAUUAUUUUUCAGUGUAACAUUUACCUAUAAAAACAGUAUGUACAAGAUUUUAAUAAGUGAUUUAAGUUCCAAAGUAUUUUUAUUAUAUUUUAUUAUUUUCUUCAUUUUGAACAUUUAAUGUUUAUUUUACUAUAAAGAACAAGGUAAGGGGUACUUAAGUACCGCAGUGAAACUGUGAAAAAAUUAUAUUGUUUUAGAAAUUAAAAAAAAUAUAUUGUUUUAGUUUAGAACAGAAUAUUAAUUUAUCAAUUAUUUGUUCGUACUUUAAAGUACUACCAUGCUCGAAACCAAAAGACGUGUAUCUAGUUAUAUCUAGUCCAGUUUAUUCCUUAUACCUUUUUCAUUUGAAAAUAGUUUAUUAGGAUAAUUAUUUUGCUGUGCAAUUUAUGAUGUUUCAGAACAUAAUACCUAAUAAUAAUAGUAUUAUUUUAUUGAUGGUGGGCUUUAGCGCUUUAUAAUUACUAAGUUAAUUGUUCAUCAUAAUUAAGACUUGACUUUACAUCAAGUUUUAAUAAUGUAUGGUGAUUGAAUUUGGGCGUCUUCAAAUUAGACUUCUUAAAAGAAUUUAAUACAAUAUUGUGCUACAAAAUAAUAAUGUAUAUACAUUGAUGUAUAAAACAAUUAGAAUCAAUAAUGCGCUGAAAAAGGGUCGGAUGCAAAAUUACACACACAUGUCUAUUGUGUGUAAUUUUUAAACAGUCGUGUUUCGACCGUGUUUUGAUUACGCCACGUAUGACAGUGUUCGGUUAAAAACUGUGCAAACGCUGUGCGUGCUAUUAACUUCAAUGAACUGUCCAAGCUUUGACGAUUCAAGUAUAAUAUGUUUUUAAGGUUCAAAAGAGUUUAUAUGACUUGUACUAUCCUUGAAUGGGUGUAACAAAUAAUAAAAUAGAGUUUGUUUAAAAUGUGCAAGUCAAUCUUGAAAUAAUAUUAAAGUACAGUUCGUUAACUUUUAUUGUAGCUUUGCUAAAUUGCAGGCGCCCAUUGAAUAAACGCUGUAUGUACUGUACCUUCUGACUUAGGUUGCCGCCAAAAACUAUGGUUGUAUGCUUAUUAGAAACCUAACAUUUUAAGGAAAUUAAAUAUUAGAAAUCUAACAUUUUAAGGAAAUUAAAUAAGUAAUGAUAUUAAAAUACUAUUUAGUUUAGCUUUUUUGUGUUACUCAAUGUGAGUACAGAAUUAUUAAUCGCAAUGAAAUAAAUUUUAUUUUAUGUAGGCAUAAUACAGAUAUCGUAAUGGGUUCUUUUGAGAUGUUAAGUAGUGAUAAGUAGGUAUAUCUUAAUUUUUCUUCAGUAGUUUCUUAAGGAAAGUACCUUUAUUUUCACAAUGUCUCUUGCGAAGAUAGUUGAGUUUUUUUCUAAUUUUAUCACUAAACUGAAUUAUUCUCAGCUGGUCUUUUCUGCAGAGGAAGUACUGAGAAUAACAUUUUCGCUAGAGAUAUUCCUAUUAUGUUGACAAUUUGGCAUAACAGCCCAAGCCACAAUGUUUUAAAGGGAGCUGCCUAAUUACAUCUUCUAGAAUAAAAUAUCUAUGAAAAUUGUGUCUGACUAGUCAGCUAAAGUUUAAAAAAGAGCUUUUAUAAUGUGUACUAUAAUAGUCAUAAUAUAAAUGUGUUUGUUACAGUACUUGUAUACAUUUCCUGCCUUAACGCUCGCUGUGUUAAACUAGCCGUCUCGAGAAAUGUUAUGAACAUUUCUAUUUAUUAACUAGGUGCUGUAAUUUAGAAUUGAUUCUAGUCGUGGAAUUCAUUCCAGGGGUCUUCUAACCACAUAAUCUUUUAAGGCGAUGCAAUAACUAUUUAUUAGAGACAUAAAAUAUAUUAAGCCAAGUCUUUUGGAUGGCUAAAAAAGUCGUAAAGGAAAGUGAGAAUGUAUGUUACAGACUAACUAAGAUGUUUCGUUCUACGAUGCAUUACUAGUAUUUGUGACAAUAACCUAUAAUGUACGAUUCACACUUAGCGGCGCGCAUCGGAGCGCAGCGCAUUUUACAAUUUGCUGAAGGAGACUAAAAUAUCCAUAAUAUAUUUGCAUGCAAUUUAAGCAGCACUGUAGCAAUGAAGCCGGCUAAGACAGCCGCUUGGCUCCUCACGCAUGCGUUCGGCUACUCUCGACGGGUUUUCUACGCCAUAUCGAAUGCUAGUUGAUCGCUUACAAUUAACCGAAAACCCAAUAUAACGACAUGCUAUUUGAUCGAAUUACAAAUAAUUGAUAGAUCAAGAGGAGCUCGAUAGCGCAAGUGGUUAUCGCGUUCGGCUGCGAUCGUUGAAGUUAAGCAACUUUCGCAGUGGUCGGUCAUUGGAUGGGUGACCAAAAAAUUACUAUCUCGAGCUCCUCCGUGCUUCGGAAGGCACGUUAAGCCGUUGGUCCCGGCUGUAUCUGCAGUCGUUAGCACCCACCAAUCCGCACUGGGCCCGCGUGGUGGGUCAUGACCCAAUCUCCCUAUUCCAUCCAUAGGGAAGGCCUGUGUCCCAGCAGUCGGGACAUUAAUAGGCUGAUGAUGAUG